CAGAUUUGUGUAGACAACUCUGACUGUAAAGAAGAGAAUAGAGGAGAAUUUGAAGAGAUAAUUAGGAACACGGCUAUGGCUUCCUAUGCGUUGCUGAAGCGGACGGGGUUUGUGAAGUCAGUGGUCAAUGGAUUCAGAGCUUCAAGGGCGUAUGCAUCGGUUGCGGUGGGGUCGGACUUGGUAUCGGCCGCACCGGAUGUCUCCCUCCAGAGAGCUCGCUCGUGGGACGAGGGCGUUUCGUCCAAAUUCUCCACUACUCCUUUGAAGGACAUUUUCAAGGACAAGAAAGUUGUCAUCUUUGGGCUCCCUGGUGCAUACACUGGAGUUUGUUCGGCACAGCAUGUCCCUAGCUACAAAGACAAUAUUGAUAAAUUCAAGGCGAAGGGAGUUGAUUCAGUGAUAUGUGUAGCCGUCAAUGAUCCCUAUGUACUGAAUGGAUGGGCAGAAAAGCUUCAGGCCAAGGAAGCUAUUGAAUUUUAUGGAGAUUUUGAUGGGAGCUUCCAUAAGAAAUUGGACUUGAUGAUAGAUUUAUCUGCUGCUUUACUUGGACCUCGGUCUCAUAGGUGGUCAGCUUAUGUGGUUGACGGCAAGAUUAAAGUCCUUAAUGUGGAAAAAGCACCAUCUGAGUUUCAGGUUUCUGGAGGAGAUGUCAUUCUCGGACAAAUUUGAGUGUAGAUAUAGUUUGUUCCUUUAGUCACUGAGAUUUUGCUGCUGCCUGGUUACUCCUUUUAGGCUUGACAGCUAAUAAAGCAAUAUGGUUCACCUGAACUUGGAUUAAUCUGAAUUCAAUCCUCAGAAUCUCUUCUUGUACUGCCUUUACGAUGAAUUAACUUUGUUGAUCAUUUGUGUCGAUAUGAUGUAUAUGUCCGUCACCCCUCUCCUUUUGAGGGAUUCUUUUCUACUUCUGAACUGAACUGCGGAUACAUGGAAAUGCAUACAUUUCCUGCAAA